AUGGGAGACUUGUCAAGGGAUGAUCUUACAAAUACGCUUCGAAUACUUGUUGCAACGGAUUGCCAUUUGGGGUACAUGGAGAAGGAUGAGAUACGGCGGCAUGAUUCUUUUCAGGCGUUCGAAGAGAUAUGCUCCAUAGCUGACCAAAAGAAGGUGGACUUCUUACUCCUCGGAGGUGAUCUUUUCCAUGAGAAUAAGCCCUCAAGGUCAACAUUAGUUAAGGCCAUUGAGAUUCUUCGUCGUCAUUGCCUCAAUGAUCAACCAGUGCAGUUCCAAGUUGUUAGUGAUCAGACUGUGAAUUUUGCAAAUGUAUUUGGCCAUGUAAAUUAUGAAGAUCCGCAUUUCAAUGUUGGCUUGCCAGUAUUCAGUAUUCAUGGAAAUCAUGAUGAUCCUGCUGGAGUGGACAACCUUUCUGCCGUAGAUAUUCUUUCAGCAUGCAAUCUUGUGAACUAUUUUGGAAAAAUGGCUCUUGAGGGUUCUGGGGUGGGUCAGAUCACGCUUUACCCCAUCCUUAUCAGGAAGGGUUCAACAGCUGUGGCUCUCUAUGGUCUUGGGAACAUUAGGGAUGAACGGCUUAAUAGAAUGUUUCAGACACCACAUGCUGUACAGUGGAUGAGACCUGAAGCGCAAGAAGGCUGUCAAGUGUCAGACUGGUUCAACAUUUUGGUACUUCAUCAGAACAGAGUUAAGACAAACCCAAAAAAUGCUAUAAAUGAACAUUUUCUACCAAGGUUCCUGGACUUCAUAGUGUGGGGCCAUGAACAUGAAUGCCUUAUUGAUCCUCAGGAAGUUCCAGGGAUGGGAUUUCACGUAACGCAGCCAGGGUCUUCAGUUGCAACAUCACUGAUUGAUGGAGAAUCAAAGCCAAAACAUGUGCUGCUUCUAGAAAUUAAGGGAAAUCAAUAUCGCCCAACCAAGAUACCUUUGACUUCUGUGAGGCCUUUUGAAUAUACCGAGAUUAUAUUAAAGGAUGAAUCUGACAUUGAUCCCAAUGAUCAGAAUUCAAUUCUGGAACAUUUAGACAAAGUGGUCAGAAGCCUGAUAGAGAAAUCUAGCAAAAAGACUGUAAGCAGAUCAGAGCUCAAGCUUCCUUUAGUCCGAAUAAAGGUAGAUUACUCUGGAUUUAUGACAAUAAAUCCUCAAAGAUUUGGACAGAAGUAUGUGGGAAAGGUUGCAAAUCCUCAAGACAUACUUAUUUUCUCAAAGACUUCUAAGAAGGGACGGAAUGAAGCUAAAAUUGAUGACAGUGAACGCCUUCGCCCAGAAGAACUAAAUCAACAAAAUAUAGAGGCUUUAGUUGCUGAAAAUAAUCUGAAGGAUGGCUUUAGUGGUUCCAUAGAUGAGAGGUCCCAACCUACUACUAAAUUGAACUCCAUAAAGCUGAAUGAUGAUAGAAAUAUCUUAGAAUCAGUCAUAUUGCAUUUUAUUCUGAAAAUGGAGAUUCUUCCGGUCAAUGAUUUGGAUGUUGCAUUGCACAAUUUUGUUAGCAAAGAUGAAAAAAUGGCUUUCUAUACUUGUGUGCAGUAUAAUAUUCAAGAAACACGUAGCAAAAUUGCAAAAGAUUCAGAUGCAGUGAAGUUUGAAGAGGAAGAUCUAAUUCUUAAAGAACGUGUCAAGGAAAGGUCCGUACGCUCUAUAGAUGCUGCACAGUCCAUGGAGGAUUUUAGAAGUACUAGUGCAGGUGUUGGAAGUGCAGUUUCAUUUAGUGACGAGGAAGAUGCUGCCCAGAUAUCUGGCUCAACAUCUACUGCUAGAGGCCGGAAAGGGUCAAGAGUAGGUUCUAGGUCUUCUCGUGAUGUGUCAGAAACUGGUAAAGGUAAAACUCCUGCAAGAGGAAGGGGAAGGGGUAGGGGCAGAGGCUCAAGUAACUUGAAGCAGACAACUCUUGAUGUAACUCUAGGGUUUCGCCAGUCUCAGAGAUCUGCAUCAGUGGCUGCAGCAACUGCGGUGAGAAGUAUGGCUGAGGAUGAAAAUGUUGAUUCAGCUUCAAGUGAAGAUGCAGAGAAACUUGGAAUUAAUGAGGUGGCUGAUAGUUCGGAUGAUGAUGAGAACAUCCAAGUAAAAGGGAGAAAAAGAGCUGCUCCAAGGGGAAGAGGCAGAGGUGCUACACCAUCAAAGCGGGGAAGAAAGUCAGAGAACUCUGCCCUUCAGAGGAUGCUCAUGAACAAGGAUGAUGACGAUGAUGACGAUGAUGUGCCUAAGAGAUUAAACAAGUCUCAACCUCGGGUAACAAGGAAUUAUGGUGCUUUAAGAAGGUAA